UACGAGAAGACGACGUCAGAGGGGAAAGAGUCACCAGCGUUGAUGCCAGACAUUGUGAAGGUUGAUGUGGUGUGGUUGAGUGGGAAAGAGAAGUGUGAGUGUAGUAGAGUAGUGUGGUAAAGUAGUGAGUGGGAGAAAGAAAGAAAAGAGAGAGGAUGGGGUAUAUAUAAGACCGAGGAGGGGCAGCCGUGGCGUGGAUCCACUAGCCUAUUCACCAUUAUCUAAUCCCACAUAGUACAGGUUCAAUUCAUUAUUAGUACUAUGCUCUCAUUGAUCAUUACUGCUCUCAUAAUAACACCCGAUUGCUCAUGCCACUCCCCCAGAAAGAUACCGAAUGUGUUGGACGGGAUUAUCAAGAAAGACCGUCUGGACGCCCCGCCGUCGGUCCCCGCCAUCCGUGGUUACAAAUAUAUAUCCAAUUCGGUCACCAAGACCAGGUAUAUUUGGUCAAUUAGUACUAUCGAAUGGUCUAUUUACUCCAGCAAUCAAUAAAACUAAGAAUUGGCUCUAUACGGAGCAAAACACACCUGUAAACAGACGGCAAAGGUGUCUGUAGAGUACUCACCGCCC